AUGGACGAACCGAGUGUAGCGGAAAGACUCCCUAGUCAGGAGGAAGAGGAUGUAGAAGAUGAAGAAGAGUCGUCAGACGCUGAUGAGGAAGAAAUAGAUUCCGACGACGAGAGCGAAAGCGGAGAUGAGGAGAUUGAGGAGGAAGGGGAAGGCAAGGAAGAUGCAACGGAAGAAGAAGGGGAGGUGGGAGAGGAUGAGGAGGAUGGAGACGACAGUGAUGACGAGGAGGAAGCAGACGAGAGAGAAGAAAACGAGGGCUUUAGUAUACUAGGUCCUGAGAAGCCGUCUAAGAGUGUACCUGCUGUUCCAACUCCCGGGAUUCACCCUAGUUCAGCGCCCGCGUUAAACCCGGUCAGAAGCUUCGACGAAAUGGGGCUGGAUCCGCGUCUGCUGCGCGGGCUGGUGAAGCGGCGUCUGCUGAAGCCGACUCCCGUGCAACAGUACUGCGUGCCGCUCGCCAUGGAGGGGCGCGACGUGGUGGCGAUGGCGCACACGGGGUCAGGCAAGACUCUCGCGUACCUGCUGCCGCUGCUGCACCGCGUGCUCGCUGACAAGGACUCCGCGCCCGCCGCUGCUGGCGCAGGGGGGACCUGCCCGCGCGCAGUGGUGCUAGUGCCCACGCGGGAGCUCUGCCAGCAGGUGGCAGACGAGGUGACAGCCAUGGCGCAGUACUGUGGGGGUGCGAUCUCCGUGCAGCGCCUCACCACCGGCAUGAACAACAGCGCCAUGCGAGCGGCCAUGGACAGGCGGCCAGACGUGGUGGUGGCGACGCCAGCGCGCAUGGCAGCAUGUGUGGCGGAGGGGGUGCUGGCGGCGUCCGCGCUCAAGACACACCUGGCUGUCAUGGUGCUGGACGAGGGGAGGGGACAGAUGGUGUGGGUGGGUGGCGUGUGUGGCGGAGGGGAUGCUGGCGCCCUUGGUGCUCAAGACACACGUCGCUGUCAUGGUGCUGGACGAGCUCAACACUUCCACACGUCAUCCCUCUCUCCCGUUGCAUUUGUGCCAUGCCAACAGGCGGACGUGCUGCUAUCACACGGGUACUACAGCGAGGUGCAGGCCAUAGCGCGCCACGUGCCAGUCAGCUGUCAAUGCCUCCUACUCACCGCCACCUUCAGUGACGACAUAGAGCGAUUACAGAAGCUGGUACUGCACAAUCCAGUGGUUGUACGGCUAGGGGACAGCUCAGGCCUCCUUGAGGAUGCCCAGGGGGGUGCAGGGGGUGCUGGGGGUGUGGUUUUGGGGAAGGGAGUGGGCGUAGGACAGACAGCAGCAGAGGCAGCUGCAGCAGGAGAGGCAGCAGAAGCAGGCGCAGGAGGUCAGGGUAACCAGAACCAGUCUCUCCUGCCGCCCAAUAUCCGCCAGUUUGCCGUCCGCUGCCAGGAAAAGGACAAGCUACUCCACCUGCUUGCGCUGAUUCGCCUUCAGCUGCUGCAGAAAAAGGUUCUCAUUUUCACCUCCACUGUCGAAGCCGGUUUCCGGGUGAAACUUUUCCUCGAGCAGUUUGGCAUCCGGGCAGCCGUGCUAAAUUCCGAGCUGCCCGUCGCGUCGCGGCUGCACAUUCUGCACGAUUUCAACGCCGGGAAGUUUUUCUUCCUCAUUGCCACGGACGACGACAAUGGGGGUCUCAAUGCUAAAGAUAACGGGAAGCAGGGGAAUUCUGGCCGGGAUGCUAAGCGGCGUAGAGUAAGGAUAGCAGAGGGAGGGGAGGCAGGAGAAGAGGAGGUCGAGAGGGAUACGGGGGAGUACGGAGUGGUGAGGGGGAUAGACUUCAAGAAUGUGAGGACGGUGAUUAACUACAGUGUGCCGAACCAGCUGGCUCCGUACGUGCAUCGAGUGGGGAGGACCGGCCGAGCCAGCAGCGUUGGCAUGUCAAUAACUCUGGUGUCCCCAAAAGAGGUUCCGCUAUUGGAGGCUCUGGACAGGAAGAUUUCCCAGUCAAUGGCAUGUGCGACCAAGGGUGGGGGUGGUGGAGAGAGCAACAAGGGCGGCACACAUGAUGGGAGCGCGCAAGGAAGUGAAGGGGUGAAGGGGAAGAGUGGGAGUGGGAGCAGCAGGAAAAGAGCAAGGGAAGGAGAGGACGAGGAGGGGGGGGAGAGUGAGGAGGAGGGGGAAGUAGAGGAAGAGGAGGAAGAGGGUGAGGAGGAGGGGACAGAUGAGGAGGAGGAGGAAUUGGAGGAGUCAGAGGAAGAAGAGGAGUCAGAUGAGUCAGAUGAGUCAGGAGAAGAAGAGUCAGACGAAGAGGAAGAGGAGGAGGGACCAGCAAAGCCGAAGCCAUACGAGUGCAAGGCAAUCGUUGCGUACCCGUACCUGCCCAAGGAGGGUGUGGAGGCACUGAGGUACCGCGGGGAGGAUGUGGCGGGGAAGAUCACGCGCGUGGCCAUCCGAGAGGCGAGAGCCAAGGAGCUGCGAUGGGAGAUUCUCAACUCGGAGAAGCUUAAAGACCACUUCGACCUCAACCCCAACGACCGAGACCUCCUGAAGCACGACAAAGUGCUGGCCAAGGUUGCCCCCUCCCCGCACCUCAAGGUCCUCCCAACGUACCUCCGUGCCGAAGCUGUCACGGAGGCUCGGCGCAAGUUCCUAACCGAGCUGCCUCCUGCAGAGCAAGACAGCCGGGAUGGGAGGAAAGGGGGGAGUGGAGGGAGAGGAGGGGGGUUCAACAGAGGUCACAGGGGGAGGAGUGGGGGACGGGGGGGGGGAGGAGGGGGGAGAGGACGAGGGGGACGGGGAGGCAGGGGCAGAUCGAAUGAUCCGUUGAAAACGUUCAGUGCCAAGUAG